CUGAUACGGUAAACAAUGGAAAUGGAAAAUCAAGACAAAGUUCUGGAUGUUUUAAACAGUUUUGAGAAAACACCGUCUCGAGAUAUACCACCGGUCUUGGAAGACUAUUUACGCACAGUCGCGAAAACUGGUAAAACUGUUCCAAAUGUUGAUAAUACAAAGUUUAUGGAGAUGAGACAGCGCAUUAUUGAUGCAUUGCAGAAAUUUAAUGGUGCACCAUUUACUGUACAGCGACUUUGUGAACUUGUAACACAGCCAAAGAAGCAUUAUACACAGUGUGAUAAAUUCUUGCGGGGCAUUGAAAAGAAUGUAAUGGUAGUAAGCACGGUUGAUCCCAAUGGCAGAAAAAUUGUAUCCGAGUCAUCACAUCCAAUGGUCAAUGGUUUGGACAUGAAUGGAGUUAAUCAACAACGGUCAGACUUCAAUGACUUCACAGAUGGUCAGCCAUUUGGCCCAGGUCCUCUGGUUGACUGGGCAGGAAAUAAUGUAGCGACUGUCUGGCCAGAGCCUACCAACUUGAACAAGAAUAAUUCAAAUGCAGAAAGUGCUAUAUCGUGUACUGACGAUAAAGUGAACAAUCUUAAAUCUGAUGAAAAAUUAGAGGACAAUAUUGAAUCUGGAUUGCCUAAAGCUGAACCAGAAGCUGCAGAUGAUGAUAAAGAUGAAUUAGUUGUGAAAGAUUGUGUUGUCAAAGACAGUGUUCCAUCUUCUGUAUCAAUAAAUACAGUGUCAAAUGAGACAGAAAAUACGACUGAAAAUAAGACUGAAAACACAGAACAAAAAGAAAAUCAGGACAUUACAAAAAAUGAAAGCUCAGUUGAUUCCAAACAAAUAUCUGAAAUGUCAACAGACAGUAUGUCAUCUGGGGAUUCUGAUAACCAAUCAAAAGAAAAUAUAGAAGAGAAAAGUGCAGAAAUAGGUGUGCCUACAGAGAAACAUGCAAUGGAUGCAGGAGAUGAUGAUGCUGGUGAACCUCCAGAGAAAAAGCUGAAGGUUGAUAAUUCUGAUGAAAGCCAGGAGUCAGACAGUAGUGUAAAGGAAGCAGCAACAGAGGGACCAACUAGUGAUAAAAGUCAGGUUCAAGAUACAACAGUAGAUACAUCUCAGGGCAAUACAACAUGUGAACAAACACUAACACAAGAUAUGAAAGUGAAACAGUCCCAGGAAGAUAAGAGUAAAUCAGAGGAAUCUGAUGAACCUACACAGCUACAAGAAGAAAGUUCUUCUGCCACAGAAGAUAGCCAAUCAAAAGUGACGACACAAGGCUCUACAGUAGAAAACAGCCAAUCAGAGGACAGCUUGCAAAUAACAGAGAAACCAGAGUCAACUGAAAACACAUCUGGAGAAAACCAUUCAAAAACUGAUACAGAUAUUUCUGAAAGUGUUAUUUCUGUUCAGGAAUCUAAAGACAAAGAGGAACCUGAAAAAGAAAAAGAAAAUGGUUGUAAAGAACAAAAGGAGGACAACUCUGGUGCUGAAAUGAUGGAUACUGAAACAUCAGUUGAAAAUAAAGAAACAGAAGCUGCAGAACAGAAAGGAACAUCUGACGAAAGUGAACCCAUGGAACAAGAAUGAGGAUAAGUUGGAUUUAUUUUUUUCUAAAGAAGACUACUGGAAAGGAAUCAAUUGAAAUUUCAACUUUUGAAUCUAGCAGUUGAAUAAAUGUAGCGAUUUGCAAACAAUAUCACAGAAUCGAAGGAGAAAAGUUGAUUGACCCUUUGCUAACCUGUUAAAAAAGAAAACAUGACUAUGAAGGAAACAAAAAAAAUAUUUGAUAUUUUCAAAAUAACAUAUUGGCAUAAAAGAACAUAAAGUGAAAUAUUAUUAAAAGGUGGUAUCUUUCAAACAUAUUGACAAUAGAAAAAUAGAGAAAAUAUAGUGAAAAAAACUUAAAAGGUGUAUAUUUUUCAAACACAUUGACGAUAGAAAAAAAUGGAGUGAAAAAAAUUAUUAAAAGGUCAUUGUAAAUAUUUGACAUUUUAUUUGAAUGGCUACAUCAUGUGUUUAUAUCAUGGAGUAGAAUAUAUAUGAUAAGAUAAUAAUGUAGCCUGAAUGUAUUGUAUAAAUUUUCCUGAUUUUAUAUGUAUAUAUAGAAGGUUAUGUUUGUUGUUCAGGUAGGACUCUAGUAUUAGAGAUUCAGGGAAUUAAAAGAAAAGCAAACAAAUUUGUCAGAAAUAUUCUGAAAGUAAUUUUAUCAGAAAAUUUGAGAAUUGAAUCAGUUGUACAUGUAUGGAUGAUAAAAGAUUUGCAAAUGCUGGUAAUGUAAAAGGGAAAUUGUGUGGAUGAAUUUAGACAGAUACUUGUCUAAAAAAUUAGAUUUGUACAUGUGUAGGUUCAGAAUUUUAUCAAUAUAAGAAUUUUAAAACCUGAAUAUCCAAUUUGUCAAGUGUCUUAACUAAAGGCUUAUGAAAGAAAAUGCUACCUUUGCAUUGUUUAUUUUUUCAUAUAUAUCUUGUUGCUAUGGUUAUUUUGAGUAGGAAAAUUAUCAUGAGUUGAUAAAUGUCCUAGCAUUUAAUAAGUAGGUAUGAAAACAACUAUAUUUAGACUACUUAAAUUGUAAAACUUACAUAUAAUACCAUUGACUAAGAAUAUGAUUAUAUUAUACUGAAUAAACAUAAAACAUUAAAUGGAUGUAAGUUGUAUGAAGCUGUUUCUUUCCUAAGAAAACUGUAUAUGAAUAAUUCUUUAAAAUGAUUUGGACAUAAAUAAAUGGUAGGAUAAUAUAAUGUGAAUAUGAAAUUAGUUUUAGAGAUUUAUUGUCUGAGAGAGCUGGCAUAUGAGACUUGCUUAUGUUACUAGAGUAGAACUAGAUUUGCAAGUGUGAUCACUUGGGUUCUAUACACUGUAAACUGAUAAAUUUUAGAAUUUUAAUUUUAGAAUUUGAUGCUGAAACUCCUUAAACUUACCAAAUGCAGGAAAAAAUCAUGGAAGUUCAGAUUAUAUACAAUAACUACAGCAAUCAUGAUAUCAUGUGAAAGAUCGCCAUCAAACAUGUGGUAUAAUAGUUAAUACAGAAGUUUUUCGUUAUGAACACAAACAAAUAUAUGACAGUUGUUAUACAAAGGUUACAUUGCAUAAGAUGAGUUUUAGUUAGUAAUGUAUGAUUACUUUGUAGUUACAAUAUGUUCUAAUUUUAUUUAAAUGUGAGUUGAAAUAAUUAUGUUGAUGUAAAAGGAGACAUGAAAUAAAUUAUUUUAAAUUGUA